ACCCCAUUUUCCCCUAAAAACCCCAUUAUUACCUCUAAAAACCCCAUUUUUACCUCUAAAACCCCCAUUUUCACCUCUAAAAAUCCCAUUUUUAAGCCCUAAAAAUCCCAUUAUUUAGCCCUAAAACCCCCAUUUUUUGCCUUAAAAACCCCGGGUUUUUUUCCUAAAAUCCCCAAUUUUUUUUUCCUUUUUUCCCUCAAUUUUUCCUGUCCCUGGGAUGGCCUGGACAUUAUUUUCGGGCCGUUCUCUGCUGACGCGGCGGCCGGAGGUGCGGCUGGACACGGAGCGGGAGCUGCGCCGGGCUCUGGAGAACCGCGUGCUGCUGCUGCUCUUCUCCGCCCGCCACUGCCCGCGCUGCCGCGGGUUCGAGCCCCGGCUCCGCCGCUUCUGGAGCCGCCUCACCGACCCCGCCCACGUGGAGAGACCCGAGCAGGUGAGCCUGGUGUACCUGGGCAUGGACAGGUGGGGAUGGAUGGGACAGGUGGGACAGGUGAGCCUGGUGUACCUGGGCAUGGACAGGUGCGAGCAGGAACACCGAGAAUACGUCAGGAACAUGCCCCGAGGAUGGAUGGCGCUGCCCUACGGGGAUGAGCUGGCCAGGGAGCUCCAGCUCCGUUUCGGGGUGUCGGAGCCGCCGGCCGUGGUGGUGCUGGACCCCGGCGGAUCCGUCCUGGCGGGAAACGCCGUGCGGGAAAUCCGCGACUCCGGAGCCUCCUGCUUCCGCGGCUGGCGCGACGCCGCCGAGCUGCUGGACAGGAACUUCCAGGAGGCAGAGGAGGAUGAAGGCUCCAUCCGGCGCAGCCUCACCGAGCCACUCAGGAGACUCAAAUACCGGCUGAGGGACCAGGAGGAGGAGGAGGAGGAGGAGGAAGGGGAGUAGAGGAUUGGAUGGGAAAUGGCGGGAAAAGAAGGGAGGAGGAAGAGGAGGAGGAGGAGGAGGAGGAGGAGGAAGGGGAGUAGAGGAUUGGAUGGG